AUGUUUCAAAUGUUGAAAGAGUUCAUCAGAGUGAUAAGGGACAUUGUGAACAUCCAGAGAGUGGCAGUGGAGGAUCACAAGAUUCUACAUCACGAUUGCAGUCUGAAUAAUGCGAUGAUCCUGGAUGAUCUAGACCUCAGCAAGGAGUUCCUCAUUGACUGGGAAUUUUCAGUACACAUUACUGCAGAUAAUAGAUAUCCCAUCAGUGGUACAGGCACGGUACCCUUCAUGUCAUGCAUGCUUCUCAGCCAGGUUUCGCUCUUGCAGCAACAGGUGAAUGCAGAAGCUGAGCAGAAAAAGAUGACGAAUGCACACAAAUUGAAAUUGAAGUUGAAAUUGAAGAAAGCUCCUGCCCUGAAAACACCGAAAACCUCCUCAGAUUCUAUAGCACUGCCCGUUUCUCAUGUGGUCCAAACUUUCUCCGAUGAUCUCAAAUCUCUUUUCUUCAUAUUUGCUUGGGUUUGUAUCAAGUUCUGCGGUCCCAACGGCGCAGUCUGUCAGGAGCAUGUGCCCAAUUCCUUACUUGAUUGCUGGGCCAGCCUUGACCUGGCAUCAUGUGCUGCCUUCAAGAUCACUUUUUUCACAAACCCAUUGGAUGAACAGCAUCUCCUCAAUGAAUUUCACCCUUACUUCAAACCCCUCAUUGUUAAGAACCAUGUUGCUCAAGGGAGAGAGAGACUGACUCAGAGGGGCUUGGCCUCAGCUCGUACACUGUGCCCCUUACCCGAUCCAGAGGACUUCUGGAGGAGUGUAGGAAACAUCCGGAGGAGCGCGGGACAGUUCCGGAGGAAUGCAGGAAGUGCUCUGGAGAGUUCCCACUGCAAGGUAAUACUUCUACAGGAAACAGGAUGGAAGGAUAGGAGGUCCGAAGGUCUGGAGGACAGGAGGACAGGAGGACAGGAGGACAGGAGGACAGAAGGACAGGAUGACGGAGGACAGAAGGACAGGAUGUCCAAAGGACAGGAGGAUAGGAUGUCUGAGGGUUAG